UGGUUGCAGGAAAAAAAUGGUUUCGCCGUCAGAGAAGCUUGUUGUCACCGGGGCGUUAGUUAAUAUAUUGAGUUCGAUUGUUAUAGUUUUAUUAAAUAAGUGGAUAUACACAAAAUAUAACUUUCCAAAUAUUACUUUGACCUGUAUUCACUUUACUAUAACAUCACUUGGUCUUUUGAUAUGUCGACAUGCCAAUGUUUUUCAACCGAAAAGUCUCCCAUUUUUUUCUAUGUUGCCCCUUGCCUUUUCAUUCUGUGGAUUCGUAGUGUUUACAAAUCUAUCGCUGGAAUCAAAUACGGUUGGAACCUAUCAGAUCAUUAAAACCAUGACUACUCCUUGUAUUAUUGCAAUCCAAACAUAUUUUUAUGGAAAGCGAUUUUCAUUUAAUGUCAAGUUAACAUUGAUUCCCAUCACAAUUGGUGUAUUUCUCAAUUCUGUUUAUGAUGUCAAGUUUAAUUUAAUAGGAAUAAUAUUUGCAACUGUGGGUGUUCUUAUCACAUCUGUUUAUCAAGUGUGGGUUGGCGAAAAGCAACAUGAACUUCAAGUAAACUCCAUGCAACUUUUAUAUUACCAGGCACCUUUAUCUGCAUUACUCUUAAUUUUUGUGAUUCCAUUUUUUGAACCCCUAGAUGCCUUUCAUGGAGUAUUCUUUAACUGGCCUUUUGAAGCCCUGGUUGCCAUAUUUAUAUCUGCGUGUGUUGCAUUUAGUGUUAAUCUAUCAAUAUUCUGGAUUAUUGGCAACACUUCACCAGUGACAUAUAAUAUGAUCGGUCAUCUAAAAUUUUGUAUGACAUUACUAGGAGGCUAUCUUUUAUUCCAUGACUCCAUUCAAAUUUUACAGAUGAUUGGCAUUUUUACCACUGUUGGAGGUGUUAUAGCUUACACUCAAGUCAAACGUGAAGAGAUGAAGAUUAGCUCCAGUUUACCAACAGUUGGUGAGAGUCAUGUCAAGAGUUAGAAGAGAGAUCACUUCAACAGUUCACCUUGUGAUACGAAUGUUUUAUAUUUCAACUGAAAAUUAUUUUAUUUUCACAUUGCUUGACUUACAUGUUUUAUUUUAUUAUAUUUAAACUAAAAAAUCAUUUAUUUAAUGAGAGGGUGUUAAAUUCAAUAUUUCUGGUUUUAUUUUAAAGAAAUUUGUAAUUAAUGUAAUAAAAAUUGUCUGAAAUUUUAUUGUAUCUAAGAUAGGCAACAUUUGAAAUAAAUAAUUGUUAUUGAAACCAUAUUCAGAAAGUUAAAUAAUGUAUGUUUUGUGUACUUUUAUACUGCUCUAUCUAUUGAAAAGUGCUACUAAAAGAGCUCCCUGCUAUCUUUGAGCUGUACUGUUGGCUACCAUUGUUUUAAAUGAAUAGUUUAUGGAAAACUUUUUUUUUUGUCCUCUGUUUAUUGUCUGUGAUUGGACUUCAUUACUGAAAUUUUUUAAUUAAAGAUAAAUGAUUUGCCUUCUUCAAAAAAAUAUUGUUAUUUUAUAAUUUGUAAUUUUUAUUAUUAAUGAAGCUUUUUAUGUAUAAUUUUGCAUUAUGUUAUAAUAUUAAUAUAAAAAGAAUUUAUUUGAAUGUUCAAUGGCCUUUUCUACAUGGGUACUUCUGAUAUUGUUUUCUUCAUAAUUAGUAAUAAUAAUAGUAAGAAUUUACCAAUAAAUAACUACACAGUGGCAAACAUUUUUGGUUAAUUCUUGUUUAAGUGUAAUAAAAUAUGCACUAAACAUGAACCAAUAAAAACAAGUCACUUAACUUUUAAUGAGACAUUAUGUCCAUCAAUAACUACUAUUUAAACCAAGAUACAUUUAGUAGAGCACAAUACUAAACUUAAACUAAACAUAAUUAAUAACAUAAUAAUAACUUUUUUUUUUUUUUACUUAUAAUUUUGUUAUGAUGUGCAUGGCAACUUAAAGCAUGUUAACACAGGAUAAGGUUUAUUAAAGCCCAAGUUGGUAUUCUGAAAAAAAUGAGGAGCAAUAUUUUAUUAUUGCUACACUACAUAGUACAUUUGUUACUGUGAAUACUGUUUACCUGAAGUACUAAAUAUUGUUGUUUUAUUAGCCUGUUAGCUCAUGUAAGUGGUAUUAUACAGUGAAAAAUAUCUGUUAGAUCAAAAAGCAGUUGGAGACUGCACAUGUAUUCAAUAAGAUGGUCAGGAACAAUAUGAUUGCUCUCGCAUAAGUGGCAAUGGAAUCUAUUAAAAAUUUAAGUACUAAAGAAGAAAUUUAAGUCUGCCUAACAAUAUAUACAUUAUUGCUUUAAUGUAAAGAUUAUAUAAAGAAAAAAAUCAACAAUUUAAAAGCUACAACUGCAAUGAAUGGCCUAGAAGUGGUUGAUUUUGUAAAAUCAUCUGUCCCUUUUUGUGUCCACAUGGGGCCACCACAAAUUUUAUAAAAUACUAGUUUAAAAACUGAUUUGAGUUAGGCUUGCUUAUCUAUAAAUAGUAAAGUGCCCUUUGAGUCCAAAUGGUCCAUGAGGCAUAUAUAAUAAACUCAUCUAUUUCUCAUCGGUCAGCACUAUGGCCUGCUGCCUUUACCUGAUCAAGCCAUUUACCUGUCAGAGCUGGAUGGAUUCAGGUCAAACAUGUUUUAACAUAAGUAGAGCCUACAAAGUGCAAAGAGUAUUACUUUUCAAACUCAUUUUUAAAGUGUAGUUUUAAAAUCAAAUCUUUCAGUUGCUGUAUUUUUAUAUAAAUGACAGUUUAAAUGUGCUGAAAGAUAAAAUUAAUUUUAUUUGGUUUUUAUACUUUAUGUAUAGAAUUGUGUAUUAUUUUUCUGUUGUGCAUACAUUUAUGGAAAAUGGUAUUUUUAUGUUUUUUAUUUCAUACACUAAUAAUACUAAUAUAUAAAACCAUAUGUUUCAAAUGAUAAAACAUUACCAUCAAGGCAGCUUAUGAGAUCCUUAAACUUACAGGGGGAAUAAAGUAAAAGAAUUAUUUUCUGAAAUAUUCUUGCACAGAUCACUAGACAAAAAAGAAAAAAGGUAUGUGUGGUUUUUAUUCCAGCAUUAGUGUUACCUAAUGAGGAAAAACUGUUUGGAAUAACCUUUAUG